CAUUGGAAAUCUUUAAUCAAUUUUGGGAUUUUCCACUUUGAGUCAUUUAAUUUCAUGUUAAACACACUUCUACUUCAUCAUUCACUAACUAGCUACUAAUUAUGCUUAUUUCCAGUGACUAUUUGAACCACUUAAACAUUAAAUAACUCCACAAAUAGCAGCUGCUCCAAAGAAAAGUUUUUUUUACUUGAAGGUCGAACUUUAAUUUAAAUGGCUGUUUCCUGUCGGAGCUUCGCAGUGUGACACCAGGCGGAAGUAAACAAAUAAAAGCCUCCAGCAGCAUGACUUUUCCUGAUGUGUGGACUGAGCUGGAAGAAAGUUGUGUUGUGUGUCAGACUAAUAUUUCAUCACUUAAAGUGGAGAUGGGUUUAGUUCAGCAUCUGAGAAAUUUUAUAAACGAGCGACUAACUGCUGCCGCUGAAGAAAUAUUCUCAGAGUUUGAAAAAAUCAUCGUCCUGUACGAGGAGGAGAUCGACCGUCAGCGCCGACUGCUGGAUGUCAUCUUGAAACCACAGAUAAAGUUACAUAGAAUAGACCUCAUACAACAACGUGUCCAUAAAGUGAAGGAGAUUCCUACUAUGCAGCACCUUUGUGACAACGUGAGUAACUACAUUUUGGACCAGAAAGACCCAGAGCCUCCACAGAUUAAAGAGGAACAGGAAAAAGUCUGCAUCAGUCCAGAUCAGGAGGACCCAGAGCCAACACAGAUUAAAGAGGAACAGGAGAAAGUCUGCAUCAGUCCAGAUAAGGAGGACCCAGAGCCUCCACAGAUUAAAGAGGAACAGGAAGACAUUUGUACCAGUCGGGACCAGGAGGACCCAGAGCCUCCACAGAUUAAAGAGGAACAGGAGAAAGUCUGCAUCAGCCCAGAUCAGGAGGACCCAGAGCCUCCACAGAUUAAAGAGCAACAGGACGACAUCUGUACCAGUCUGGACCAGGAGGACCCAGAGCCUCCACAGAUUAAAGAGGAACAGGAAGACAUCUGUACCAGUCUGGACCAGGAGGACCCAGAACCUCCACAGAUUAAAGAGGAACAGGAAGACAUCUGUACCAGUCUGGACCAGGAGGACCCAGAGCCUCCACAGAUUAAAGAGGAACAGGAGAAAGUCUGCAUCAGUCCAGAUCAGGAGGAUCCAGAAAUUCCACAGAGCGAAGAGGAACAGGAGGUACUCUGCACCAUUGCCGAUGUAUGGCAUGUGCAGCAUCUGGAUAUCACCGGGAAAUCUAAAAUGACGUUAGACACAACUGAUUUUCCACAGCAAGAUGUCUGUAUGGAGGAGAGGUUUCUCUUUGACAAGCCACCCUGUAACGAAGACAUUAACUCAAAUUUGUACCAAAAGAACCCAAAGACUCUCCAAGUUAACGAGGAACAGGAGGAACUAUGCACUAGACUGUACCAGGAGGACCAAGAGGCUGAACAUGUUAAAGAGGAACAGGAGAAAUUCUGCACCGGUCAGGAGCGAGAGCAGCUUGUACCAAAGCAGAAGAUUGAGACUUUUGUUGUGACUUCUUAUCAGGAAAGUGACCACAGUGAAUCAGAACCAAACCGCAACCAGCUCCUGUCCUACAACUCUGAUGCAGCUGAGUGUCCAGAUCCGGGAGGAAGCAAGCAUGUAGACUCAGGAUCAACCAAAAAUGCAGAGUUGAAGCCAAAGAAGAGACGUCACUGCAAAAAUGUAGACAACACUGCCAUGCCAGAGCGUCACUGUGAUACUGGCACAGAUAAAAAGUGUAAAACAUGCGAUGUCUGUGGAAGAGCCUUUAAAUAUAAUUACCGUUUACGGAAACAUUACAGCAUCCACACAGGUGUGAAGCCGUUAGCUUGUCAAACAUGUGGGAAAGGUUUUACUGAAAACUAUCAUUUAAAUAUGCACAUGAGAAUUCACACAGGGGAGAAGCCAUACCUUUGUAAAACCUGUGGAAAAAAAUUUAGUGACCCUGCUAAAUUUAAACAUCAUACAGAAAUCCACACAAGUCAGAAUGGGUUUCCUUGCAACACUUGUGGAAAAUGCUUUAAGCAUAGUAAAUACCUGAAAGCUCACAUGAAAACUCACUCAGCUGAGAAGGGUUACGCUUGUAAAUCAUGCGGUAAAAGUUUCUCUCAUAAAUGCAGUUUGACUGUUCACAUGAGAAUUCACACAGGUGAGAAGCCACACAUUUGUAACACCUGUGGGAAAUGUUUCAGUCGAAAUGAUAAAUUGACUGUCCACAUCAGAACUCACACAGGGGAGAAGCCAUACCUUUGUAAAACCUGUGGAAAAAAAUUUCGUGUCGUUUCAGCAUACAAAAAGCAUGCAGCAACCCACACUCGUAAGAAUACAACUUGUGGGGGGGAUUAGUCUGAGAGAUUAAAAACACCCUUAGACUGAGGUCUUUAAUCAGCUGGUCACUGGAAACUUACCCACUGCCAGCAUGGUGCAAAAACAUACAGGGGAGGGACGAGCUCUGCAUUCUGAUCCAUUAAUGCUUUGAUUGAGGCUCAAACAGGAAAAAGGCUGACGCUAUAUAUAGUAUAUGACUUGUUGUGUACAAGAAGGAAAAACUGAGGAAAUACAUCAACAGUCCUUGAAGAUUAGACCAGAUGUGGUCUGGUUGUCAAACAGGCUGAAGAAUCAAGCUGAACAUUGUAGUAGAAAAAGUGAUUUACUUGUGUUAAUUAUUUUUUCAAUGUUCCAAUCAUAUGUUUAAGCUUUCAUUAUUGGCAUAUUUUAUAUGCACUUAUUAAUAGUUAUAGCAAUAAUGGUAGUGAUAUUCAUUUCUGUUGUUAGUUACGUGUCUUACAGAAGUUGAACCUUCACUUACCAGACUGUUAGAACAAACUGUUGUUAUGACAUUUCCAAUUAAAGUUUAAAGCAAGUCACUUCAGUUGUCACCCUUGUUCUCACCAUCAGGUCAGACUGACUAGAGAUCUAUCAUCUUCACCAGUCGCAAACAAUCUUAGCAUCUUGAUGAUGUCAUCCACCACAACUUCUGGAUGGAUAUGAAGUGGAGCAGCACUUCUGAUGAGCUUGUGACACCAGUUCACCUAAAAACUGACCAUGAGUGGGGCGGAAGAGGGCAUUCAAAUGAGAGCUGA